AUGGAUUCCGAGUGCAAGAAACCUGUUUAUCCAGUUUCCAGAUUGGAUAUUGGGUCUAUACAAUUAUCACAAUCUGCAUUAGACGAUUAUCAGAGAUUGGUGUUUUUAUCAAUGUUUGCCGCUUCAGAUAGCAAUGACGUUUCAAUUAAAAAUUCAUCAAUUGUUCUGCCUAAGUUAAAGGGAUUCAAAACUAGAUAUACUGACUAUUUUUUAAAUUUUCACAAAUAUAUGAAAAUUGUAAAUAAAAUGGAUUUAACUGCGGAACCUCAAAUAGCUUCAUUUAAUAAAAUCGGGGAAUUACACGAAUUACAUUGUUACGAGUACCAAUUCCCUAACGUUAAAUUAUCUUCUUCUGAUUUGAAUAAUUAUAAUGAAAAUUCAGUUCAUUGGUUAUCAUCAACUUUAACCACUCAACAGAGAUAUCAAUUGAGUAUCGAGGAUAAUAAACCUAGUGCCUUCCUUAAAGGUACGAUUACUGAACUAGAAUCAGAUAUAGUAAAACAAUUAAAGACAAAUUCAGAGAAACAAAACACUUCAUCAGGGUUAUCUACUUCAACUUCUUUGUUGAAUUCAUGUAAUUUCAUUAUCUGGAGUGAAAAGUCAGGUCAUGUUUUUUUCACAGGUAUUUGGAGAUUAUACCAAGAUAUUAUGAGAGGUUUGGCUAACGCAUCAAGAUGUACCAGUGACGACGAUAUUGAACAAAGAGCUGACGAUAAAGCAGUACAACAAGAAUGUAAAAAAGAAUUUGAUUUUGUACUCAACGAAGCCUUUGAAGGGAAAGAAUUAUGUUCCAUUCAUUUAAAUUUAAAAAAAUCAAGAGGUAGGAGAGCUAAAAAAAAUGUGACUUCAACUGAAAUAUUGGGUGAUUUUUCUCAGGAGAUAGGCUCAAAUUAUAUUGAUUUCCCAUGGUCAUCAGUUUCACCUUUAUUAAAACAUUACUUGAUCGAGGCUUUCAAGAAAGAUCUAAAGAAAAAGGGAUUGCUUGAAGAGAAUGACAAUUUGGAAAAUAUCACCUUAGAGACACUAAUCCAACGUGUCCGUGGUGGAUAUGUAAAAAUACAAGGAACAUGGUUACCAAUGGAGAUAUCAAGAAUGUUAUGUCUAAGAUUCUGUUAUCCAAUAAGAUUUUUAUUGGUACCCAUUUUUGGUGAAAAUUUCCCAAAGGACUGUGAGGUCAUGUAUAAUACUUUAAAGAAAAAUGUAAAAUUAGAGAAUAAUGAGGAUUCUGAUGCAAGCAGAAUCGCCAUGAUAGAAGCCGCUCUUCAGAAAACUGCAGCCGGUGUGACAGAAAAUAAAAAGCAAAAACAAAAACAAUCACAACAAACUCAAUCUAAAUCAAAGGUUCAAAUCAAAUCACAAUCACAACCUAAAUCACAAGACAAACAGCAAACUAAAUCAAUAAACCAACCUCAGCAAAGAAAGAAAUCUAAUAAAGUAACAAAAAGAAGGAAUUCCCAACAAAUCCCAUCAUCUUGGAAGUCAUCCUUCCCUUCGUCAUCAAAGAGAGCUCAAUCUUCUCAGAGUGCAACAAAGAAAAGAUCAUCAAUCAUACCGCCUUUAUCGAACAAACCACGUUCCCAUUCUUGGAGUCAAAGCUCAACUACUUUCUUAUCAAAUGAUAGGAAAUCUAAAGAAGUUUUACCCCCAAUUAGCACAAUUUUAGAUUCAUUAAUAUAUCAAAAUUAUGUCUAUACUUCUUCACUAAAGAAGAACAAUAAGCAGAAGGAUGGGUUUACUAUUUUAGAUAAACGUGAAAAUUUAGAUUUUAAAGAAAACGAGGAUAUUCAUCGAUCAUCUUUGAGUGACUCUCAGCUCUCUCCAUUACAAAAAAGUUAUACUUUAUACACAAAGGAUAGAUUUUUGAACAAUCCAAGAUUUACUCAAUUGAAUGAAUCGAUUUCAAAUACAUCCAAAUAUUCAGCAUUAUCAGACUCGCAUUCUAAUAAGAUAGGAUUGAGCUUAUUAGAUAUAAACAAGAUCCAAAAGUAA